AACCAUUCUACACUCCCCUCUGUGCAUCUGUAACCGGGUUCUGCCCGCUGUACCAACACUGCAGCUCCUCACCAGACCCUUCCCCGGGCCUUACAGCCUUCCUGACACUAAGCGCGGUUUUUAACCUGGGGGACCUGGAGACAUAGCCACCCACAGCCCACCCGAGGGCCACUGCCUCCUCAGGGACCGCCCGUGGCCCUGCCGGCUGUGCCGGCCGCUCCGCGCUGUUCCCGGGCCCGCCGGCAGGUGAGGGAGACACCGACUGAAGUGGCUGCUGGCCGGCCUGACGGGAGAUGCAGCUAUGAGACUGCUCUUGCUGGCGUGCCUCCGAGCGCAGACCGGCAACGCGACCACGGCGGACAGGAUACACUUCAGACAUGCCGUGUUUGGAGCUGCAGAAGAGUUUCUUCAUAUGAGGACCUGUGAACUGCAGCUUCUUCCGGAAAGAAGCCUUCUAAGUCAGCAUAAGAGUCAUCUACAUGCUGCAGGUCAUAUCUGUGUUCUUAAAGAUGUUUUCAGGUAUGAAAGUCCAACUGAAAUAGCAAAUCUAACCUCUGCAGAUAAGUUUGAUGCAGCCCUGGCCAUUCAUCUUUAUAAAGGAGGCAGACUUCUGCAAGGUAGCAGAAUUCCUUUUGGAAUCAUCUUUGGAGGGACAGAUAUAAAUGAAGAUAUCAAAUAUGAAGAGAAACGUCGGAUAAUGGGGGAAGUGCUAAGGGAAGCCAGGUUUGCAGUGGCUUUCACGAUGAAAAUGAAGGAACUGGCAGCAGCGGAGUGGCCAGAUACUUGGAAGAAAAUAUAUGUCCAAACUCAAGGAAUCAAGACUACACCCAGUGAAACAUUUGACUGGUGUAGAUUUCUACAAAAUGCAGAUAUUCCUACAGAUAGAGACAAUUUACACGUGUUUCUUUUGAUAUGUGGACUUCGGAGAGUCAAAGACCCUCUGUAUUUAGUAGAUGUAUUUUCAGAUUGGCACAGAAAGGAUCCCAGUGUCCAUCUGGGCAUAAUUGGACCUGCAGUUGAUCCACUUUUUACAAAUGAAGUUAAAGAAAAAGUUAAGAGGGCACCUGGAAUACAUUUAUUACAGGAGAUGCCACAGGAUGAUCUUCAUGCUGCUAUGAAAAGGUGCUUUGCUGUGGUGAACAGCUCAAUUUCAGAGGGGAUGUCUGCUGCAAUCCUGGAGGCAAUGGAUUUAGAUAUUCCAGUGCUGGCAAGGAACAUUCCUGGGAAUGCAGCAAUAAUAAAACAUAAGGAUACAGGACUACUAUUUUCAGAUCCCCAGAACCUGCCAAAUUUUGCCAACAGGCAGCUCCCCAGCAGGACUGGGUCACCUGAGCCAGCUCGGAUGGGGGAUGCACUUUGCCACAGGAGCCCAGAGCAGUGCCGAGAGGUGGGAGCUGUAGACAUGCCCAUGGACAGACAGGAAAAACCAUUAAUGAAGUGGGACGCUCAUUGAAAGCAGAAAUAAGAGGUGUAUAAUCAACUCUUUUUUUUUUUUUUCUGUUAAGCAAGGGAAACUCAAAGGAAUUGUUACUGAUGUCUUUCAAGAAUCUUGCAUUUGUUUUGAGGACAAGGAAAACAGCAUUUCUCAGAACCAUAACUCUCUUCUCUGGCAGGUAUCUUUACUCUGCAAAACAAGGGCAUUUUAGUUUAGUUUAGUUUAGUUUAGUUUAUAUUUUAUUUUAUUUUUUUUCCCUCCUUCACUCCUUAAAAGAAUGGUGCCUUUUAGACUGUUCUGUGAGGCUGGGAUCUUCUAAUGACUGAUGUCUACACAUGGCUUUUCAGGUCAUUGCAACAGCUCCAGCCUGCUAAUAUUGUUGUAGCUCUUGCUAAAGUUUUGCCAGUGCAAUGUGACAUCACUCCAAAUGUCAUGUCAGGGGACAACAGAGCUGGCUGGGGGGCUGAACUAUUGAGUGGAAGGGAACAUAUCAUGCAGCAAGUGAUUCACUGGACUUGAAUAAAUCCUCUGGUCCUCGGCUGUGAUCACUCUGCAGCCAAGUGAGCAGCAGUGCUGUGACUGCUGGGGCUGAAUGCAAACACUUGUUCAUAAGGCCUGGGCUGAGACCAGCUGCUUUCCUCCCAUUUAAACAAAUUCAGCAUACAGGAUCCCAACUUCAGCAGGCUUUAAAUGGAAGGACCACUGUAAGGGACUUGGUUGUGAUGUUACAUUCCUUCCUCGUGCUGAUAACAGCUAUAAAGUUAAAUCCCAUAUUUAAACAGGGAAAAUGGACCAUCAGGUCUGUAGCUCUUGAGCAGCAGUCAUUAAUUCCUGUGUAUGGCUCCUAUUUCUGUGUCUUGUUUAAAAUUCUCCAGUCCCAGACAGUUACUUGAACCAGUACAUUAAAAGCCAUGUAAUGGAGAUGUGGCGAGGUUCAGCUGGCAUAUGUAGAGUCAACAAGCAGCUCAAGACAAAAUGGGAAUGUUUCAUGCAAUCCUGACCAAUCUUAGAAGAGGCCAAAUUCCUGAAUAUGAACUUUGGAGGCAAAGAAGGGAAGAGGUGAUAUGCCUGAGCCAGUCUGGCAAGAGCAGACAAUGUCAGAUUGCAAAUGGUGCCGGUGAUGGACACACACAGCAGCACAGCUGGAGAGAGAAAGCACCAACAAGCACUUAUUCUGCUUGUAGAGACACAAAUGGAGGUACUCGUGGACCCAUGGAAGAGAUAUGAAGCCUCAGCAAGGGAAUUUCUGCACAAAGACAAAUAGUCAGGAACCAAUUUACUUUAAACUACUUUAUGGUUGGCAAGAUUAAUCUCACCUUCAUGCGAGUGUCUCAUGAAUACAGAAAACUAUUUAUUUGGAUUUCCAUUAUGGUCAGCGGAGUUGUCCAGGCCUCAUCGAAAGCAUAGUUCAUCAAAGCAACCUCAGGUGAGGAGAAGCCACCAAGGAAAGGUAUUUGUCUCCAUCAGAAGGAGGGAGAGACCUCUCCAACACGCAGCUUGCAUUUUUCCCCUUAGCAGUAUUUUGUUUCUUCCUUGCUCAUUUUUCAGUAUUUCGAUACAUUUAAAGCCACUACUAAAAUGCAUCAUUUUUACUGUAACAUUAGGGGACAAAUUUUAUUCUGAUUGGCUUAUAAAUAUUAACAACUGGUAACUUUCUUGUAAUUGGAGAAAAGUUUGUUUCCUGAAUCACAGCAAGCCAGGUUUCAGCUUUAAGCAGACAAUAUAAUGGCUUGACCUCAAAUCCCACAGAAACCUGUGUCCAUCCUUAGGUUUGCACAGGGCAGGUAUGUAACAGCACAUUUUGACUGGGAUCUUGCUAAGGUGUCACACUGGGUCACUAGAUGCAAACUGCAUUCCUGAUCCUCCACAGUUAUCACACCAGCAAAUAAUAUGGGCAUGCAAGGAUUUCCAUUAAUAUGGCUUGAUACUGGAAGAUAUCCAGGAAGACAGAAAUUUAAUCAUGGGAAGCAAGAAAAGAAUGAAGGCCUGGAGAUGAAGUAUGCACCCUAUUCUCCCCAGCAUCUUCCUAGUUUUGCCUGUAAAUGCAUGUUUCCCUGUUCCCAUCUAUUUUUGGAAAGUCCCCCAGAGCACUAUAAUUAUCUCCAUCAGCGAUGUCAGAAGAGUUUACAGCUGAAGUAGAUGUCUGCUCAGAACAGAAAAAUCAGGUACAUCCUCAUGUGCAUUAGGGAGGUAUAAAAAUCAAGCUGCUGCACAGUUUUUAGUGGAAGAUCAAGUAGUCUGGCUGUGCUAUUUGUAGAGAUUUGUGGGGCAUAUCUGAUUUAAAAAAAAAAAAAAGAGUAAUAUUAUCCUUCCAGGCUUUAACUUCAAGCCAUGUGGAUUGAGUAAAUACAAUGCUCAAUUAAUGCCACCACAAUAAUGAGGAUACCCUGGUGAUUCUUUCUCUUUGUUUAUUGCUGGUUUUUCUGCACCACUUCCAAGGGUUCUAAUCUCUCUGCCUACUAGUCUGAAAUAAGUGAGGAUGUACUUUUAAAAAGAAAAGUCUGAUUUUGCUAUGAUGAUGUUAAAAUUCAGUUAUGUUAGGUUUUAUGUGUGACUGAGUAUCUAUAUACACAAGUGAAAGCUACAUUCUCAACAUGUGUAAACUGCCAGUAUCUUGUUAAUAAAUUUUAAAACAAACUAACUAAAACAUUACUGAAGAGGAUAAGCCUUGCUAAGACAUUCUACAUCUUGCAAGCAAGUUAGUACCAAAGCCAGUGAAUUCAUGUUGGGGGAAUACAGAGUCACAAACAGAUGCCAGGCUGCAAGCAGCUUCAGCAGGUAUCAUCACAUCAAGGUGCCAGGGCCUGAUUUUCAGUGGUAUCAUGAACUUUUAUCUAAUUUUAUUAAGUCUAUUGUCUGCUCGAUGUGCCUCUGAAAUUAGACAUUGUGUCAUAAACCAGGAGCUCAACAUUAACUACUACUUUAAAACUGAUGAUUUUAAUUAUUCCAUCUAUUUAGCUUCCCAUCUUUUUUAUUUAUUUAAAUUUUUUUCAGGACAACAGCAAAUUUAGAGAGAUCUGGAUUUUGCAGAAAAGAGUUAUAAUGACAAGUACUUUUUCAUUUAUUUGUGACAACAUGUUACCCCCAGAAGGGAUCUAUCCCUGACAUCGGAUGCAAAGACUUCCUCUGUGAAGUGGGAGAUAACUGUGGACUGAUACAAAAGCGGCAAACACCCGUUCACAGAAGAAGAUUAAUACCCUAAGCCGACAAAUGAUUUCCAUUGUGUAUAUAUGCAACUGCAUGAGCAAAAUACCCAUGUUUAUUGCAUAAUCUAUUGCAUGUUAUACUCCAUUAUUUUUGAAUACAAUAGUUCUUUUGGCAUCAGUACUAAAUGAAUGGCAAGUUCAUUUUGUCUGAAAGGCUAAACAAACAAGCACUAACAAUGAAAAUAAAUCAAAUUGCUGCAGUACUUUCAAGUAGCUGGUAAAAAUAAUAUUUUACUCAAAUAACUCAGCUGUAACCACCAUGAACUACUGGGAAGGUUAAGGUUGUGGCUCAGUAUUCUAGUGAGAAUACACACAGAAUUAUUCAAAAUAUACAAUUUCAUCCCCACUGCUUGACUGGGAUUACAAGCAGGAGGUGGGAGUCUGAGUUUCUCUCCCUACUACCAAGUUGAAUCUACCAAGUUAAAUCUACCAACACAAUAACAGUAAAUGGAGUAUUCUGAAAGAUAAGUCAUUUGGCAAAAUAAAAAUAAAAUAAAAAAAAAAUAAAAUGCUACAUGUAUAUAAAAACAAUGACAGUCAGGCUGGCCUGGUUUACUCUAAAAUAAAGCCACUGAGAAAGAAAAUCCACAUUUAACACUCUGGACUACUGUUUGUGAGCAUGGAGUGCCUGGUGUGGUCAAAGCCCACCUAGGAGGUGGCUGCCCCUAUUUCAUGGCAACACUGUGAGUCAAGAGGAACUGGAAAAGUCUGAGCUGCUCACAUACAAUGAUGCUGAAAAAACAAUGUGAAUGUCAACAGGUAAUGCCAUUCGGAUGUGCUCUGGCGGAGCUAAAAUUAGAAUUCAGUUCUGAAGGAUUUAGCUGUCACUGAAGUCUGAGGAAAUCAUAGCACAGUGAGCUCUGUGCCAGGCCUUUUUAUGGGCAGUGAGCAAUACUCAGGUGGAAACAGUUAACUCCAUUAACCUCAGUGAAAUGAGAAAUGACUGCAGUCCAUGCACUUACAUGAAAUUAAGACCAGUUGUUAGCGUGCAUGAUAUAGUUAGAUAUAGCAUAGUUCCUAUUAAAAGCAAUUAGAGCUGAGUAAGAGCUGAAAACAUUUUUUUAUUAUUAUUUUUAUUAUUAUUUUUUAUUUUUUUCUGAAGAGAUCCUUGCCCAGAGACUGCCAGAUUACUUUUUUAGGACCAAAAGAAAGCACCACCUAAUUUAGCCUCCUGCAAUGCAGACCAUCUGGCUUCUAAUGUCCAGCCCAGUGGCAGUGCCCAAAACAGAGCAUGAUUUUGAGAAAAACAUCAAAAAAAAUGUGAGCAGUAAACCUGUUGCAACCCUUGGUGGCUUGUUCCCUCACUAUAAUAAAUGUAUUUCUGGUCAGAAUUUGUAUAGCUACAGCUUCAUAUCCUGGUGCCCUGAUGCCGGUCUUUGCCUAUGGAUUAAAGAGACUGUUCAAAUUUAUGUCCACCAUGUAAGUACUUACGUGUUGAGAUCAAAGCACUGCAUAAGCUCCCUUUAACAGAUGACAUGGACUGAGCCCUCAGACUCUCUCUCUCUGAGAUGCUUUCUAAUCUUUUAAUCAUUCCCCUGUCUGAAUCCUUCCCAGCUCCUCACCCCGUGUGAUUUGAGAGCCUGGCUGGAGGCAGCAGCCUCCAGGACAGAAGAAGGUACAGCCUGUGCUUCCAGAAAGGCCUCACCUCUGUGUGCUGCUGCCCAGAGCACAUCAGAGGCUAAAACUUCAUUACAACCACAAUGACCAGACUGGUCUGCUUAGGACUGGCCCUAAGGUGAGCAGCUUCAGCCAUUAUACAAUCUUGGCCUGCACACUCCCCAGCUCGAUGUCCAAGCUGCAGCAUAGGCCCAUGGCCCUGCUUUAGCUUGCCAUGGAGCUGCAGCCCAGAGACUAGGGGAAUUAAUGCUCCAACAGGCUUUGGGAGCACAAAACCUAUCAGUCUGUGAUGGAUAUUCCCCAAAUCAAACUGCCUUAUGACUGAAAAAGGCAUUUGCAAUUGGAAUUGCAGGGAGCUGUGGCUGAAGGAUUAUGCCAGCCACCAUACAGCUUGCAGGGCCUUAAAAAAAUUAGUUAUUCUGUGAUAAUCUUGUAUACACUAAAAGUUAUAAAAUAGUGUGUCACUAGACUAAUUAAAAAUAAUUGUUGCCACAGGAAAACUCUCUGUGGAACAUCACUCUGUUGUGAUGGGAAAGUUUCCAUGACUGAUAAAUCUAGAGAGGGCUUCUGUCCCAUGAACCUCUGCUUUCUAGUAAGACAUUUAAUUGACUUCUACAUAAAGAUUAGGAAUAACUCAAAACCUGUUUUAUGCUGCAGCCAGUCAAGUGUUCCUUUUCUAUCUUCCAUGCCAAGUAUUUGAAUGUCAAUCUAUUAACACAGCUAACUGCCCACUGGAAAAAGGGCUGCCUUGGGAGGCUGAGCCUAUAGAAAGCCUUCCUUAUUAGCCUUUCCCUAGUCUCUCUUUGGUAAUUUAAACUGAAGUAAACAAACAUGCAAAUGAUAAUUCACCACCAACAAACAAACAAACGAACAAAAAGAGAAAAACAAUUUUAGUAAACCACUUUUAUUAUUUCCACCAGAAAAAAAAAAAAAAUCAAUUU